UGGGAUAGAUGAGCUUUCAUCGGUAAAACAACCAAAACUCUCUCUCAAUCUUUUGAUCUAUCUGUUUGUUAAGAAAAUUAUCCAUUUUCAUCAAAAUUAUUAACGUAUAGACAUGGGAAUCAAGAUUCAUGGAAGCCCUUUUUCUACAGCCACACUCCGUGCUGUGGCCGUUGUUGAAGAGAAGGGACUCGAUUACGAAUUUGUUAACGUUGACAUGAAAUCCGGCGCUCACAAGCAAGAACCUUUUAUCUCGCUUAACCCAUUUGGUCAAGUACCAGCUCUUGAAGAUGGAGACGUUAAGCUCUUUGAAUCAAGGGCGAUUUCACAAUACAUAGCAUACACCUAUGAAAGCAGCGGAACUCCUCUUACAUUCAACGACGGAAAGCAAAGGGCAGAGCUUGCUGUUUGGAUGGAAGUCGAGGCUCACCAAUUUGACCCGGUAGCUAGUAAACUCGCUUGGGAGCUUGUUUAUAAGGGCAUGUUUGGCUUGGAAACAGACAAUGCUGCAGUCGAGGAAAAUAAGGCUAAGUUAGCUAAGGUCCUUGAUGUUUAUGAGGCACGUUUGGCUAACUCAAAGUACCUGGCUGGUGAUUCUUUCAGCUUGGCUGAUCUUCAUCACUUGCCUCCCCUUCAUUACGUGAUGGGCACACAAGUGAAGCAGUUGUUUGAUGAACGCCCCCAUGUGAGUGCUUGGUCCAAGGAUAUUUUAGCUAGGCCUUCUUGGGAGAAAUCUUUGGCCUUGCAGAAACAAGCUUAAAGUAAUAUACUAAUAUUACUACCUAUGUUACCUGGACUCUUUGGUUUACCUCGACUAUCCUAUCAUAUUAUCAUAUUGUCAAGUCGGAUACUUGGACACGUAUCCGUGCCAAACACUAGAACUCGAGUCUGAGUAACAUGGAUCUUCACUGAUACCUUGGCUUGUUUUCAUGUAAUGAAUUGUCUUGCAGUUCCUCCUUGUAGCGGUAGCUGCAUUGCUUUGUGGUGUGCCAAAUUUUACGUUGGUGUUUAAAUUUUUGUGAGGUUGUGUUUGUGAAUUGAUCUGUAUUGUCCUAAUAAAAUUACCAGUUAUCAGAGUUUUAA